GUUCGAGAGCAGUAUUUAAAAAUGGCCGCGGCGUCUGGCAACGUCUCGUUAGAAACGCGAUCGUACAUAUGUUAGUGCGUGUGCACACAAUCGGUGAACUGUACGUUGCAAUUAUCGCGUCAAGACGCGUCAAUGGCCUAAUCUUUCACUCUCUCUCUCUCUCUCUCUCUUUCUCUCUUGCGCGCCCGAUCUUGUAUUUAUAACGGCGGAUAUAUCGGUCCUUCGAUCGGUUUGCCAAAUAUUUUGACGUAAAAGCGAACCGGAUGCGAUUUCGCAGCACCGACGGCGGGGGAAUGUGCAAAGAUCGGGUUAAUGUUGUCAUUACUACGUCGCUCGUCGUCGUCGUCGUCGACGAACCGUGAGAUUUUUCGCGAUCUGCAAAAAGUGUGUCCUUUCUCAUUUUCCAGGUAAAUAAGAGAAGCAGCGAACAGAACUUUUGUGGCUUUGUGUGUUUUCUCCGUGUGUGUGGCGUGUGAGGUUAUAAAGCUGCUUGUUGCGGCUGGAGAGAGAACGUGCGUAAUAGGGUAAACGUACGAGUUUAGUUUAGACGUUCUCGCAGAGGAUCGUCGGAAAAUGUCGCCCGGCAUUAACGGCGGCGGGUCCCGGAACACGGGCACUCUGCCGAAAAGCAAUCGGAGAAACGAUCGGAACCGAGAGCGAUCCGCCGCGAAUCAACAAAACGCGAACCGCUCCGCGGCUUGUCACGGCCAUCCGCAGCAUUUUAACAAUUUGUGCCAACUGGACUGGCAAACCGUGAGAGCAUGUGAAAGCGAGCCGAGAGUAACGGGAGCAGCGAAAAACAGCAACACUAGAUCGGCUUCCUCUCGACAACGUUCUUCGUACUUUGGCGCACAUCAAGGCUUACCUGAUUGCGCAUCGCAUAGUUCAGCGAGACUCAAUUACAGCACCGAAGAUUGCAUAUCUUGGAUGAAGAUGGUGCCACCCGUUGAUUCCCGAACCCAAUCGCCACCGCGACUGCAGCAGGAAGCGAAGCCUUCCAAUGUGGAAAAUGCGGACGCGGACACGCGCUCGAGAAAAAUGCCCGACAGAAAUCAAGUGGAAAGUCGCUUGGAUCAGAUCAGAGAUUACAUCAAAGUGACCGCGACUAUGAUGGAUUCUCUCAGUCAAUCUUCCGAUCCUCGUGCCCAGGCCCAGAAUGAAAAAUUAAGCAGAAUGGUGGAGGAUCUUCGUGACAGCGAGACGAAACUGUCCAAAUUGCUGGAGCAGUAUAACAAUAAUGGAAUUUCUGAUGAGAGUGUCGAGAACGGGAGAGAGGAUAUGGAUGAGCGCGGCGAUGGCAUCAGGGAAGUUGAAUUGUUGAGAAAUAUCGAGGAAUAUCAGACCAAACUUGUGCAGUUGCAAGAACAUCAGGCCAAUUUGGUUGAUAUGCAGACACGCGUCAGAGAGAGACUGAAUGAGGCGCGCCAGGCGCAGCGAAUGCUUCUGCUGCAAGAUAAUCAGAACACCACGUCCAACUCCACGGCGUCCGAGGGCAACUACAACGCGUCCCUACCUUCUAACGUGGAGCGACUCGAGACGGAAACCGCGGCAUUGAGAGGAAAGCUGGCGCAGCUUCAGUCGAAGAAGAAACGCAUGGAUCAUCUUGUAGCAGAACUGCAGGCCAUCGAACAGGCGUCCGACAAGUCGAGCAGUUGUAAUUGCGAGGAUUCAAGAAACACGACAAUCAAGGACAAAGUGGCGGAACUGGCGGCGAUGAAGGCGCAGCUCGCGCACAUAAAAGCGCUGGUGGAGGACGGCGCCAGGAUGCGCGAUUCCGUUUCCGAGCUCGAACAGGACGUCGACGCGGACAGCGAGGAAUGCGGAGCGGGAAACCACACGGUCGAUCAAUUCGGACUUAGCGAGGAUCUGUCAAACAUCACGUACGAAUCUUCGUCUUCGUUCGACAAGGCUGACAAGGACGAAGAGGAGAAACCCGUAUUCGGCAACGUGCCCACGAUCGAGGAAAUGAAUGCCAUAACGCGAGAGUUGAAGGAACAGCGAGUUCACAUCGACGCCGAGAUACAACGUUUGAGACAAACUUCGCUACCCGCCCUGAUGUCGCUCUCGUCCAGCUCGCCUCCGACUAUCAGAUCUUCGGGCGAGAAAAAACAAAGUAACAAAGUUAGCACGGGAGUGUCCGCAUCUGCGGAAAUUGAGCAAAUGAAGCGGCUGGAAGAUCUUUUAAAGAAGCUCCCAAAUCGAGACGUGAAUCGGGACGCUCAGGCGCCGGAUCAAAACAGCCAAAGAAGUUCCGGAUCCAGAUGUAGUCACAGCAGCACGCCCGCGAAUCUUUGGCCGUCCUGCGCCGUUCCAGGUUCUAACGAGCAAAGCGUAGACGGCAUAUCCACGUCGGACAACUUGUUGGAUAUGGGCUCGCAAACCGCCGCUGUCGAGAGUGUCGGAUUCAACGGCAAUUUGUGCGCCUGUUCCGUUCCGCCUCCGCUUCCGCCUAUGAAUCAAAGUCAACAUGCUUCGGUUGAAUAUUAUCGGCAUUUGCUGUCGGGUGCGCAGACCACGCAGCUGCAGGUAAUGGGCACGACAUUGAAUCACUGUUGCCAGCUUUUGUGGGCGCAGCAACGCGAGUUGCAGUCGUUGCGCACCGCCAUCACGCAGUUGCAGUCGCAGGUGAGAUCGCAGAAUCAGGAGAACUUGCAGCGUAUCAACAACGUUGAGAAUCAGGAGGAGCACUGCAAUCUGAGCCGCGGCAUUCAGAAUCUCGGCGAGAACGGGUUGGACGGAACUUUGCCGCCCAGUUCGUCCUUGCCCAAUCUCGUGUCGCUACCGAAUUCCACAGCGACGUUGUCCCACACUCCGAUUGUAACUUCAAAUUCGCAACAGCAACAACAGCAGCAGCAACAAUUGAACAAUCAAGUACCGCCCGGUAAUAGAGCGAACAACUAUUGGGAUAAUUUUCGAAGCUAUUCCCGACAAAAUCUACUCUCGGGAAAUGUGAAGACGGUGACAGAUUCGCCGAGCACAGCUGUGGUAAAUUCAGUGUGUUCCGCAAACACGACCAACACUAGCGGAAGUAGCGUUAACAGUUCGCUGAUAAAAGACAAGCGGAAUCGGGAACAGGGAACUGACAACUUGUCGCUGACCGGUGCGGAGGCGCAGUAUUCGUUGAAUUUGCAACUGCCGUCGAAUCUGCAACAGCAAGACAGGGAGAACACCGCUAUUCGCAGCAAUAUCAUGGCGAGCGAGGUGUCCCAGCAGGUUGACAAUCUCUGGGAGGAGGCUUUUCGAUUACCUUCCGCUUCGAACGACGACAAUCCCUUUAGUAAUCUGAGUUCAGAGACGAGAGAGGCGAUCAGUUCGCUCGUUGCGGCAAAUAAAAAACGACCGGAUUACUUGAUAAUUAUUCUGCGAGAAAUCAAAGCGAUCACCGAGGAUCACAGAUUACGGCCUCACUUGCUGAGAUCGCUGCGCGCUUUGCAGAUAGCGCGAACGCUGAACAACCCAUUGAACGAAGCGCCCGAUCUGACACAGAGCGAGAGUUGCCAGUCCAGCGACGAAGAUUCGGACGUCGGCGCGAUGUUGGGAUUCUGUUUGGAGAAUCCGUCGUCCGCGACGGAACUGGUCGCGUCUCACAUGGACAUCGCCUCGUCCCCGGCCUCGUCACAAGUUCCGUUAAUAGAUCAGUUGGAGACGUCGGUAAAUAACAUAAAGGAACAUUUUCGCUUGAUUGUGCGAGCGCUCUCCCUUCCGCUGCUAAUGCUAAACCGGGCUAUAACGAGGAUUUGGCGGAGGCUGACCAAUCGAGACCCGAUUCUUCCGGGAAUUCUCGUCAAGAAGUAUUCUAUUAGCGUUUUCGACCGGUGCGGGUUGAAUCGCUCCCGGAACAAUUAACGAUUGUCGUUAAUUAAAUUAAGUUCCGCGUCUCUCGAAUCACCGGAGAGGAGAAUCAAUCGAAAAUUCUCGACACUUCCGGAACACUUUUCGAGCACUAGUGAAUUUUCCACAAGUGAAUCGAAGCUUUAAUAGCUCCGGGAGCGAUUCUCAACCCAACCGGUUGAGAAAACGUUACAUAAAUCUUAUCACCGAAAGAAAACUCUGUUUCUAAAUACGAGUAUAAAAAAAAAAUAAAAAAAAAUAAAAAAUAAAAAAGAAACGAUUAAACGAAAUUAUCGAAUGGGUAUAUCGCACGUCGUAUUUCAGCUUCCUGUUAGUAACAUAGACAAGGAUGAGGGGCAGGAGGAGGCGGCAGCUUUUUCUUAUUCGAUUGCCGCGGAAGCGACUACCCCCGAUCU